UGCGUGCAAUGGUGCAUAUUCUGUGCAUAUUAUUGUUUCAUUUUUAGUAAAAGCUGUGUAUUCAUGGUGUUUUAAUACACGGGACAUAUGAAUUUUAGUUUGAAAAAUAAUUUUUAGUUUGUGAUUUAAAAUGCCUGAUUUAACGUCCGUACGCAAUCUAAACCUUAAGGUUAUAUUUCUUGUUCAUGUAAUUUUUGUCUCAUUGGCCUGUAUGGGGGGUUGGUCAACUAAUGCGUACUUAUUUUACAAUUCUAUACUUAUAAUAAGUCUUUUGUGGGGUAUCUAUCACCCGGAAUCUGACGAACCUAUUCAAUUAGGGAUUGUUAUGAAUGCAAUAUCAAUUAUUCUUGAUAUUUUACUGCUGUGUUUUAGCUUUCCUUCAAACCAUUGGGCAAGAGAAAGUUUCUCAGCUGCAGUGGCAAUCCUACAUUUAUUGGCACGUCCCAUUUCGAUAAUAUUUUUGGGAAAAAUCCAUCAAGAACGAAGUGGAACAGGUAUAGACCUCUUUGGGGGUCGUAACCGUAGUUAUGAAGACAUGGAUAGGUCAACCCCUCCCACUCAACCCCCAGCCACCCAAGGCGGCUACGAUUUUUCGACUGCACAACCAAUAUGAGACUAAUUUAUUAUAGUUAUACUUACUUAUCUAAAAAGAGUUAUUAAUCUUUAACUCUACUUCUAAAAAAAGGAUAUUAACGUAUCAGUGAAGGAUAUGUACACCUAAAAAUAUUUUUUAGUUAUUUGAUUUAUUUUGUAGUGCCAUUUUUGUUUAAAUUAUUGCUUUUUUCUGUUAUUAGUCGUGUAAAUAACACUACAUUGCAUGAUAACAACUUUAUUUGCUUAUCAAUCUACUUAUUAAGGGAUAAUGAUAUUAUUAAGUUAUUCAAUAUUAAGUAAUAAUCAAAUAUUUGUUGUAUUCUGUACUUUAAUGUAACAAAGUUUAUACUGAUGUGCAAUA